AUGAGUGAGACAAAUACAAACCAAACCGAGGAAAUUGGAUCCGGAACGCCAUCAAUUGCCGAGAGCUGGAAUCGAGCACGAGCGGAUGAGACAGUUGUAUUUACUGGCCUGGUGACUGAACCGGGUGGACGUGCAAUGGCUGCAGCAGUUUACGGCUACGGAACAGUCAGCCAGCGUUGGCGAGUUGCUGUUGUGGAUUUCAUGACUAACGGCAUAGUACAACGAGACUGUAAUUCAGACGACUACGAGGAGUGGGUCCCACAUUCAUCUGCUGAGGGUGGUAGUGACGGAUGUCUACUGGGAUUGCGCGAACGCUAUCGACGUUUGAAAAAAGACUCUGUGUAA